GGACCAACAACCUCCGCCAAUAUCGAAAUCGUCCCUCUGCUCCAUCCACCACUAUAAUACAGCUUAGCAUUCGCAAUGGAUUCCUUCUUUUCACAUUAGCAUCGAGUUUACCGCAGCAGCCUAUUGAAUAUUGUUUACGCUCGAGCUCUUCAGCUCCUAUCGUUUCGAAGAUGAUCCCAUUAAUACAGCUAUUCACCACACAGCGAGUAGUGAAGGGCUGUGCAAUAUAUCCAAUACGGACAUUACCACCGGAUGCCGGACAGAUCCUAACCCUAUGACUUCUGUGUUUUAAUUUAUCCAAUUACCGAACCCUUUGGCAGCGAUCACGCUGCUCGCGAACGACGGUCAACUACGUUUCUUCUUGAACUAGACCCUUGGCCUCGAUAGUUCUGUACGGCCCGCUUCGUCGACUGAAAGCUAGCAAUGGCUUCCAUAUUUACCUUCGACCACGAUCCCCCGCGGGUGAAUUCGCCCUGGCCGCCCACCCAGGACUCCAAUGGGAAACCUCACGCUGGUCACUCUGUCAUCGGAGGGGCCGCCGUCGAGUCUGAGCGGCUCUCCGACUCACAGCUAGAGAAACUCGAGGCAGAGCCUCAGGACGGCCCGGUCGAGUAUAAAUUGCACCUCCUCCUGCGUCCCCGGAGAGCCUACAGCAGAAUGAGCACGGCGCAGGCAGCCUCAGGAUCCCAACACCCAAGGCUCAUGCAAGAAGCAAAGCCGCAAAGAAAGACCGGCCCGCCGCUCGCCUCUUCGAGCCAGACUAGGCAGAAUCGCCUCCACCAUCUAACGACUCAACUUCUUUGGAGAUUGCAGCAGUCAUCUCCGCACCAUUCCACGGCGAGAAGAGAUCUCGUUGUGCCGCGGUUACCCGAAGAAAACGCCGACCUUUCGGCUCUAGAACAGCCGGGGAAACUCCUUCCAGGGCUCGAGGAAUCGAACGGGGCGCUGUACGAGAUAGGCGUGGCCGAUGACGGGACCUUUGUAGGCUUGACCAAGGGCGAGAUGGACGAGAGUAUGACGACGCUGAAAGUGAUGGCUGCCAGCUUGGGUUGUAGGGUCGAGGUACAACGCAUGAAAGCCGUCGGAAGCUGCGAGUGGACUGAUAAUGCUCCGGGAUCAAGCGAUCACGUCAACGUGGCGGAUCUCUGGGUAGCGGAGGCGCUCGUCAUGCCAGUAGUAAAUGUGCGGAGAGACACGGACGGCCAGCAAGCAGCCAAGCUCGGUGAUGCUCCCAGGAGAGACGCCUCGAUCACCGAGCAGCUUCGGGUUUCGCUCAUAGGACCAACGACAUCGGGGAAAACGACGUUGCUAGGCACCCUUUCGAACGGUACGCUAGAUAAUGGGCGAGGAAGCAGUAGAAUCAACCUGUUGAGACAUCGACACGAAGUUGCAUCUGGUCGAACCAGCUCCAUCGCCCAGGAGCUCAUCGGUUACGAAGGGAGGCGGAUAUACAAUUACAACGCUGAUAACAUCAACGAAUGGCCCGACAUACAUGAUCGCGCAGAAAACGGCCGAUUGGUCUUCUUAUUAGACUCCGCCGGUCACCCCCGAUAUCAGCGAACGGCUCUCCGGGCACUCGUCGGAUGGGCUCCUCAUUGGACCCUGCUUUGCAUUUCCGCGAAUGACGACGGCAUCUUGAGUUCUGGCGCCAAGGCGUUGCCCGGUGUAGAUGGAGCCGCGGGGGUUGGGAUAGCCUCGAUGGAUUUGGCGAUGGCGUAUCUGGAUCUGUGCCUGAAACUGGCGAUACCCCUGGCUAUCAUUAUCACCAAGUCCGAGUUGGGGCAGCGUGCGCUGCUGAGGGAAAAGCUGAACGUAGUCCUCACCAAAGUCAAGGCUACGGGGAGAAUACCGAAAAUCAUGCAUUCUAACUCGCGCGACGGGGACAAUCUCGCAGAAGUACCAGCCGAUGACAUACAAAAGGUCAGGGACGAAGUCGUCACUCCGAUCACCGAAUCGGGUGACCCGCUGUCUAUCGUGCCAAUCGUCCUCGUAAGCGCCGUCAAGGGCAUGAGCAUUGGGCUGACUCACGCUUUAUUGCGAAGCUUGCCGAUGCCGCCGCCGCCUACCGCGAGAGAUUUCGUCCCGCUUGCGCUGAACCCAGAGCAGCCGGCCGCCCUCUUCCAUAUCGACGAGGUCUUCGAGAUGCCGUUAAGCCGCGCGCAGGCCAUCGGAGGCGGCGGGCCGAGCGAAAGCGCUCCGGUAGUUACCGGUUAUCUACGGUUCGGAAGGCUCUCUAUUGGCGAUAGAGUUGUUUUGGGGCCGUUUCCUGGGGAUGACGAAGACGCGAGAGCCCUCAUGCCAAAUGACCAUCCCUCCCCAGGAUACGGUCUAUCCAUCCCCCACCCCUCGUCUGCAGAAUUUGCUCGACUCAGCUCCCGCCACGCCUUAUCCGCGUCCAAGAUCCACGGUGAGUGGCUUCAGGCGACGGUUGUGAAUAUUCGCGAUUUGAGGCUUCCGGUUCAGACUAUGGAGGCCGGACAGGCCGGUUCUAUUCAGAUCGUUUUCGAUGAACCCACUGAGGAAGCGUCCGAUAGUAACGCCGACAGUAGCGUCGCGCACGAGAAACCAAGGAUAUCGGACGCCAGACUUCGCAAGGGCCAGGUUCUUGCCGUGCCCAGCCAACACAUAGCCGACACAGAGCUUUCCCUUCAGGCUGCUUCGAGCUUUGUAGCUUUGUUUGAAGCACCGGACGUCGAGUCACUCACUGUAGGUAGCAUAGUAACAGCUUACGUAGGAAUGGUGCGGGCAACGGUUCGGGUAUUGCGAGUGACGGGGUCAAAGCCGGACCUCGAUCCAUGGAAAGUUCCGGCAGAGGAUGGUAUGUUCGGCAUGGAAGAUCACAUCGAGCUCGAGCGCGUCACGCCGGAAUCGAACCUAGGCGAGCAUGCCGAGCGCCACGCAGAGCACCACGUAUCGUUGGAACUCCUAGCGAACAGAGAAUGGAUCGAACUCGGAUCUCGGGUCGUCCUGGUAGAAGGGGGUCCCAAAGAUAAGUGGGGGCUUGAGGGUUACGUAGGUAAAGUAAUCGAAAUCGGGGAGUAAACGGAGACACAUUGUACGUCAUCGUAUUUGUCGACACUUACUUUCUGGUUAUCAAGGAUAAAUAUAGAUAGCAAGCAAUCAUGAGCGUCGUUCCCCAUCGAACCCCUCAUCAUCUGGAAGCGAAAUUCAUCCGCCCACUCUUCCGGUCGGACCCGGAGAG